AUUCGCGUGCUCAUAGAACAACAGGUGUCGUCUGCCAUUGAUUAAAAUGAAAAACAAUGUUAUCAAAAAUUCACUUAUAAUUAAGUCAGUAGAAGUGUUGAUGAAAAUAUGGCAGACAUGACGCUUCAACAUUUGUCAAGUAGAAACCAAACUUUGAAUGGGAUAAAUACCACAGGAAUGAAAUUCAACACAGCCUACGAUAAUUUUUUCGACCCACUUGGACAGCUGAAGAAAAACGUUAUAGGUGGAAGCAAACCGAAAGUGGCGACACCAAUGGUUAUAGCCAGGAUUGAAAGGUACAAAAUGGAGCACCCAACAAUGUUUGCAUGGGAAAUAAAGGAAAAACUAUUAACAGAAGGAUUUUGUUCUCCACAUAACGUUCCCAGUGUUAGCUCGAUCAACAGAAUACUGCGUAACCGUGCAGCGGAGAAGGCAGCUUUUGAUUACAGAUUUCUGACUUUCCCUAGCUACCAAAUACCAUUUCAACAUCUGUGGAAUUCGUCAAUCAUUCCAAGGCCUGUGGUGAUAAAGCCCACAGCUACACUUCCCCGUUUAGCGCCAAAAGAGGAUUCAACAGACAAUACAGAGAAACUUAGAGUGCCUGUGUGUAACACAAGAAUGAGGAGAAACCGUACAACAUUUACUGCUCUACAACUUGAAGCGCUGGAAAAAGCAUUCGUACAAACCCAAUACCCCGGAGUUAAUACAAGAGAAGAGCUUGCCACUAAUACUGGGCUCUCUGAGGCAAGGGUACAAGUAUGGUUUUCAAACCGGAGAGCAAAACAAAGAAGGACUCAAAGACUUGGAUUUUUGCAGACUUCAUCUUUAGCCCUGAUUAACCGUUACUGUUCAAAUGCGGCAUGCAAAAUGAACCAUGCUAUUGAUGACAUAUCAUUAUCGCCAACGAUUAAUAAUAAGACAAUAAAAGAUGAUUUGAAAGAUACUGCGGAAAAUAACAAAAGAGAAAUAAGUGAUAACCAGGAUAAUGAUGAAAUAGACAGUGUUACAAAUGAAAUAGAUGAAGACUCGGAUGUUGAAGUUGAUGUUUAAACCAUAAUCAUAAUAUGUAACUUUUUUCAGCGCGUUACUUUAGUCUAUCAAACUCUUCAUCAACAGUUUUUUUGUAAAGUCCAAUACAAUAAAUAAAUAUUGUAUA